AACGGCUGUCGUCCAGAGCAGGAGAGGGGAUUUCAAAAGCACAUCAGUCCUACGUGUUACCGUACAGUCGUAUGCUUGUACGAAAGACGGUAUAAUUUCUGCCAACAGCAUCUUUUCAACCGAGGAUGAGUUCUGUUGAAGUGAAUGAUGAGAAUCGUGGGGUUUGCCCUGGAGGAAAGCACAGCAGCUCAAGUAGCGACAUAUUCGAACUGGAUCAGCCAACUGGGAGGCCUUCCAUCCUGCGCCAGACUGAGAACCUGCCCAGCAAGACUGUGCCAAAGGGAGUGAAGGUUUGUUUUCAGACUCCACGAAGAGACCCUGUGACCAAAAGAAUUCUGUCUCCCAACAACUCUGUCCGGAUGUCAAGUGUGGACGAGUGCACAAAAGCAAUGGAGUCCUUGAAUUUGGCUCAGUCAGAUACUUUGCCACGGAAAUCCACCGAGCAGCCAAAACAAGAACUGUCAUCUUAUCCCGAUGACAACAUGCCGAUUCAAAGCAAGGGCGGCUACCAGCUUGAUUUUGACAACCUCGACGCUAUCAACCCUUUUCAGGGCUCUGAUAAGAUGGGCUUCUCUCCUGCAAGGCCUGCUCUUGAAAACCCUCCUACAGGUCCUAUUGAGCCUGAGAAUAUUUUGGAGGAGCCUACCAAAACCGAAUCAGCACUGGAUGAGACACUCCCAUUCACCCCAUCUAUAGAAAACUCACUGGCUGAUAUCAGCUCCACAGAGAGUAGUGUGGUCACAGUGGUGAGGGUCCCAGCAAUGGAGGAACAGGAUUCAUACAGCACUACACCUGAUGAUAAACAUCCUGCUUCGAGCACUGAUCAAGACAAAGCGUCAGGCAGUUUUGUGGAGGAUGCUCCACUUCCUGCAAAAGGUUCCUAUAACUUUGAUUUUGACAACCUCGAUGCCAUCAAUCCUUUCCAGACUGGUGGCUCUAAAAUUCAGAAUUCACCUGUCCUGGGAAGAAAGGUGCCAAACGAUGAUCCACCUGCAGAAGAAAGUAAACCUGCAAACACUGUUGGCGUACCUGAGGUGACUCAAGAAGUGCCUGUUGCUCCUGAGGUGAAGCCUCCAGCGGCUGAGGCCCAGCCAGCUGAUGCAGCAGUCAAGAAAAGCCCAAUCAAAGAAGGACCAGUCAAACUCGAGUUCGGCUUCGACGACGGCGCUGCUGUCAAAAAGAAACCGCCACUCAGAAAAUUGGGCCAAAGGCCACCUGGUCUUAAACCUAAAGAGGGAAAGCCGGUGUCUGACAUCAAACCACCUAAAGAAGCUCCAGUGAAGCCUGAUUCCAGUGAUGUUGUGGAAGCUCCAGCUUCCAAAGGGUCGUACUCAUUUGACUUUGAAAAGUUUGAUGACCCAAACUUCAAUCCUUUUGGCACAAAAUCAGGCCUAAACAACUCUCCAGUGUGCAGCAAGAAAUGCAGUCCUCUGCUUGUGGAAAAUAGUAUUCCGGAGCGCAGUGAUGAAACCACGGAAAAAGAAACCGUAUCAUCAGCGAGUGCUGAGGAGAGUUUGCCAGCUGCCGAACCCGGCCCUGAAGUGAUUUCUGGUAACAAGGUUGCCUCCGACCACGACAAAGAACUUGAAACUGAACAAGACGUCCAGAACCUUCCUGAGCUCCCGGAACCAUCUCAACCCGACCAGAAGUCCCACACUGGCAUGUUGGACUUCAAUGAUGAGUUUGUUCCUGGAGCCAUAUUCAUGACCAAUGACUUUGAUGGACAGAUUGACUACCUUGAGCAGUUUGGGUCCAGCAGUUUUAAGGAGUCUGCACUGAGGAAGCAAUCAUUAUACCUAAAAUUUGAUCCCCUCCUGAGAGAGAGCCCCAAGAAGUCUGCAGGCCCGGGUGUUCAGGUCCACCUCCCUCCCCCUGCCGCCUUUGCUUCACGGCUUGAAAUGCCCCAGAUGGCAGAAAAAGAGGCAACAAAAGGACCACAAAAGGAUGGUUUCAGACUGCUUGAUGAUGCUCCAGCACCAGCUCCGGUCCUUGAGAGCAUCGUCCCUCCUUUCCCUCAGUCAGCAAACACAGAGGAUGCCAUCAUUGAAGUUCUGAAAUACAGCCAGAAAGACAUGGAUGCAGCGAUCGCUAAAGUGCACGCUGAGGCAAAGGAAAAAGAGGAGCAAUGGAGUGCCAAGUAUAAAAAGCUGCUUGAUGACAGCCAAGAAAUGAGGAAAAUAACUGCAGAAUUUGAGCUUAUGAUUGCAAAAAUGAUGGCCGAUCAAGAGAAGGAGAGGGAGGUGGCCCAAGCGAAGCUCAACGAGGCUCUGCUAGAGAAGGACCAAGUGUCCAGCGACCUGAGCGCCAUGGAGAGAUCCUUCUCUGAGCUUUUCAAGAGGCUGGAGAAGUACAAGGAGGUUAUUGAGGGCUACAAAAAGAACGAAGAGACUUUGAAGGCUUGUGCACAGGACUACCUGGCGAGGAUCAAAAAGGAGGAGCAGCGCUACCAGACCCUCAAAGCUCACGCUGAGGAGAAAAUUGGCCAUGCAAAUGGAGAAAUUGCUGAGGUACGAUCCAAGUACAAAGCCGAGGUAUCGGCACUUCAAGCUCAGCUGCGCCGGGAGCAGCUGAAGGUGCAGUCACUGGAGAAGAGCCUAGACCAGAAGGAGAAGGAGGCUGAAGAGCUCACCAAACUGUGUGAUGAGCUCAUAUCCAAAGUCCAGAAGGGCUGAGCUCAUUUGUAAAUACUGUAUGUAUUAAUUACCUCUGCUUUUCUUUACUGUUGGCGUCCAGAUCAUUUUCUUGUGUACUUCAUUGUUUGUCUUUAUCAAUGUUCCUUUAAUACUGUAAAAAUUUAAUAAAGAUGAUUUACAAGUUCA